GUUAGAUUAGGUUAGGUUAACCGGGAGUUGUCGAAACCGGUCCUAAAGUGUUUAAAUUUGCACAAACAUUUUUACUGGUUUUUUAGUAAGACGUGCUCUUUCUGAUUUGGUUUCGUACUGUAGCUGAACCAAACCGUUACUGGCAUAUGAUGAAAACACAUGAUAAAUAAUUACAGUUUUAUUAAUGAAACAAAUUUGUAGCAAUUAUAGUAAACAGUUUAUACUGUAAAUUGAGAAAUCAAACUCUAAAAAUUUAAGCAGAUCGAUUUUGACGUGUACUUUAUAUGUAGUGAAAAAAAUAUAAAUGAUAUGUGUGAUAAAUAUUCGGAAUAACAAAAAAACCGUGAAAAAAACAAAAAAACAAAUAACAGAAAAUAGAGAAAGAUUCUUGCUAUGAAGAGAAAGGCAGGCAUAGAUCGCAAGCAAGUGGCAAACACUGAAAUAAGUCAAUUGCGCGAAAUGAAAAACAAAUUGUUAAAACAAGCAAUUGAAUUGAAAGAACAGCUGAAGGCUCAAGAAGCAAAUGGACAUCAAUCUUCGAACAACAAUUUUAACAUCAAACUACCGUCUAACGAGUAUCACAAAUCAACGAAAUCCAUGUGCAACAAAUACAAGAUUAAACUAUCCGAAAUUUCGAAUCAAAUAACUGGAAUAGCGUUCGAAAACGUGAAUAAAAAAAGGUUGCGUCAAGACGUUUAUCUUUAUACAGCCAAAGUGGUAACAAAAGCAGUUUGCUUCAAUUUAGAACUGACAGUAGUUCUCAAGAAGUUUGACAGUUUUACAAUUGAUGACAUCACGGCUCACUUUGUAGAUAUCGAGAAAGGUUACAUGCUUGAGAUAUCUCCUUGGUUUCAGAAAAUUGCAAAGACCAAAAACUUUUCUUGCCUCAUGUCUGCACUUUCUGAUUACAAUGAGAAAACCAUUCUUAGAUCUGAAAUAUUGAACAAAUUAGAAUCAAAGAAAUAUGCCACCACUGAGCAGAACAAGGAGAACGGAGGUGUAUUAGUAUACAUGCAUUCUCCUGCAGAUACAAAAAAACAUUAUGUAACAUUCCAUUGGACGCUGAAAUUUGUCAAGUUAACGUGGCACAUAGAACACUUUUUUACAAUAAUUUCUUCAAACAUAGGUAUAGAAUUUUCAAAAGAAAAUAAUUUAUUAUUGAAGGAUUUUUGCAAAGUUGACUUGACAAAGGACAAUCUUCUAGAAUUAUGGUACAACUUAUGCACUGCUAUUGAUGCUUAUCAUGGUAAAUAAAUAAUAAAACUUCUCUUGCAAUUAUUUGUAAAAAUAAGAUCUUGAAAUUUGUAGAAAUUUAUAU